AUUCCAUUGUCUGGUAGAAGCUGGCUCCUGUCGCGGAACCUCACCCAUUGAUUGUCUCAAAACUUGAUUCGUUUAUCGAGCUGUGUUUUCGGCUUCGAGACGAUCUCGUCGACAGAAGUGGUGAUCGAUCUUCAACGUUGACGGUUUCGCCUUCUGCUGGCCGGUCCCACACAGGGCACUCCACAGCCUCCACUAUCUGAGGUCAUCCCGUAGUGUUACCCACAAUUAUAGGAACGAAGAUGACGACCGCCGACGGUCUAGGUGCCCAAAGGGUCCGCCGGCUAUCCAGUUUGGACGCUGUGCAAGCUGACCUUUAUGGCGGCCCCAAUGUGGUCGUUCCUCCCAAGCAUUUGAUGGCCACCACUGAUUCUCACGAAACGGCUAUCGCAAUGGAAAUGGCCAAGCAACACUUAGAAGAUGAGGUUUCAUCUGAUGAGGGGUCGCCCCGCGUUGCGUCGCCGGUCCCACGAGGGCCUUUGACCACCACCGAUGAGUUUGCGCUGGCCUUUGACAUUGACGGCGUUCUGAUCAGGGGAGGGGAACCGAUCCCUGCGGCCGUUGAAGCACUCAAAUAUAUCAAUGGAGCCAAUCCAUAUGGAAUUAAGAUACCUUAUAUCUUCGUCACAAAUGGCGGAGGCAAGACUGAAGAAGAACGAUGCUUGGAUCUAAGCCGGCAACUUGAGCUGGAGGUCUCGCCGGGUCAAUUCAUUUGUGGCCACACCCCCAUGCGGGAGAUGGCUACGCGGUACAAUACCGUUCUUGUCGUUGGUGGUGUAGGCGAGAAAUGCCGCAUUGUCGCCGAGGGCUAUGGUUUUAAGGAUGUCAUCACUCCCGGGGAUAUCAUCAAAACGAGGCACGACACUACCCCAUUCCGGAGCUUGACAGAGGAGGAGUACAAGAACUCUCGCGUCCGAGAUUUCAGUCAAACCAACAUUGAUGCCAUCUUCGUUUUUGCCGACAGCCGAGACUGGGCUGGUGAUCAGCAGAUCAUUUUAGAUGUUCUCAUGUCGAAGAAUGGACGUCUCGGUACACGCUCUGAGACCUUCGACGAGGGCCCACCCGUGUUCUUUUCCCACAAUGACGUUGUGUGGUCCACCUCUCAUGAACAUUCUCGUAUUGGCAUGGGUGCCCUCAGGGCUUCUCUAGAGGCGCUCUACAAAGCCGUCACUGGAAAGGACUUAAAUACAAUUGCGUUUGGCAAACCUCAACUGGGAACAUAUGAGUUCGCCACCCGCCUCCUUCGCCAGUGGCGCAAGGACACCCACGGUAUCAACAGUCCGCCACACACCGUCUAUUUCGUCGGUGACACCCCGGAGUCAGAUAUCCGUGGUACCAACGAGUUUGACAAGAUCAGUGACUCCCACUGGUACUCAAUUCUUGUUAAGACAGGUGUCUAUCAGGAGGGUACUAUUCCCCGCUACCCGCCCAAGAAGACUACCGACAAUGUGUUGGAAGCUGUCAAGUUUGCUAUGGAACGUGAACUCAGCAAGCAGGCCAACGAGUCCGCCAUCGCAGAUGAUGAUGUCGACUCCGGCAUCGACUCGGAGUCUGCUAAGAACCAUUGAUUGGCAUUCACCAGGAAACUUUUGGAUUUUACGUUCAUCUAAAUCUACAUUUAUUGAUAUCCCAUUUCAUCUAUAUAUUUCUUAUCUUUCGUGCUGUGCACAGUUUGUUUCUCAGUUUACAAUGCUUUAUGAUUCCCAGGCAUGUCAGUCUGCUUUCAUCUUUGGUUGCUUCAACACCAUUAUGUUCGGUCUACUUCUCGGACACGAAUUUCCAAAGAUCAGGGAUAGAUGUCAUUCAGUGCGCAUUGAUCCUAGGACG